GUACGGGACUUCGUCAUAGUCGGUCGAUUUUACGGAGUGUCUUUGUCCGUGGUACAGUAAUUUUGAUUGCGAAUGGUUUUUCCUACAGGUGAAAUUGAAAAUUAUUGGUUUACAUAGUGAUUAAAGAUGGAAGAACGGUUCUGAAAGUGUUGACGUGGUUUGAUCAGGUAUUUCAGUUUUCAGGUUUUGUAACAGUGGAAACUGGUGCAGAAGAAGAAAGUGAAUUAGUGAAAGUGUGUUGAGAAAAUAUUGCAAAAAGGCACCUUCGCAAUAGUUCGUUCUAAAUGUAGGUCACCAAAGUGCAACUGGUUUUCGAAAAAAAUUGGGAAAUAUUAGAAUUAUCAAGCACCGUGUGUUAGUUUUUAACGUUCAUAACGGCGAAAAGGAUCUAAUAUAAUUCGGGGACGCACUGUACUGCAUCCCGGUUGCUUAGCGGUGGCACAGGCGUAUACAGAACCCGAGUAGUAUCAUGAGCAGUACCGAACAUCCGCCGGGAGAUCUGCUCAAUGGCAGUACGGUCACUUCAAAGCCGACCAUUGUCGUACGCUCCACGGAAGCGGCAUCGGCGGCGGCGUUAGGAAUCGAUCCACUCAUCAGUCACGUUGGAGACGGUAUCUUUCUACAGACGAAGACAGCCCAAGGAUUGGCUGGUAUAUUCGUAUGGAUUGCUCUGUUCAUCACGUGUCAACAGAUCUACCAACACCUACGAUGGUACACGAACCCCCAGGAGCAGCGAUGGAUCGUGAGGAUAUUGUUCAUUGUUCCCAUCUAUGCCACCUACUCGUGGAUUAGUUUGCUAUUUUUCAAUUCUGAAAGUGUCUACGUGUAUUUCUUCACAGUGCGAGACUGCUACGAGGCGUUCGUAAUCUAUAACUUCCUUUCCUUGUGCUAUGAAUACCUCGGCGGUGAGGGCAACAUCAUGUCCGAAAUCCGUGGUAAACCAAUCAAAUCGUCCUGCCUCUACGGAACAUGCUGUCUCACCGGGAAAACGUACACCAUUGGAUUCCUCCGGUUUUGUAAACAGGCCACUUUGCAGUUCUGUCUGGUCAAACCGCUGAUGGCGUUCAUUAUCAUCUUUCUACAGGCCUUUGGGCACUAUCACGAUGGAGAUUGGAGUGCCGAUGGUGGCUAUAUCUACAUAACCGUUAUAUACAACAUAUCGGUUUCAUUGGCCCUGUACGGACUGUACCUUUUCUAUUUCGCCACGAGGGAUCUGCUGACGCCGUUCGAUCCGGUGCUCAAAUUCUGCACAGUGAAAUCUGUGAUUUUCCUUUCAUUCUGGCAGGGUGUCGGGCUGGCCAUCCUGGAAAAGGCUGAAGUAAUCUCACCAAUCGUGGAUGCCGGUGGUUCCACCACAUCGGCUGGUACUGUAUCUGCCGGUUAUCAGAAUUUCUUCAUUUGCAUCGAAAUGUUAUUUGCGGCCAUUGCCCUGCGGUAUGCGUUCCCGUACCAGGUGUACGCCCAAAGCUGUAUGACUGACGCGCACGGUAGAUCCGUGACGAUGCAAUCAAUUUCUAGCAGUUUAAAGGAAACGAUGAAUCCGAAGGAUAUUAUGACGGACGCGAUACACAAUUUCCAUCCGCAGUACCAACAGUACACGCAAUACAGUUCAGGUGGGAAAAAUUCUCGCGGUAUACGAGUGUCAUCAUACGAUCCGGACGAUCCAAGCCAUCAGCUAACACAGGGAGGGGGAAAUGGCGGAUCUGGCGGCACAAACCAAGGUAGCGGGACUAGAGGCAGUGGUGGCUACAGCACCGGUCACAACAGUUACAUCGCCCCGCCAACGCUGGGCAGCCAGCGGAAAUUUAUGCCCGGAGGAGGUGGCGGCUCUCAAAAGGUAGCCACAAUUAGCCAGAAUUAUAACGAGAAAACAAUGCUGCUAAGUAGCGACGAUGAGUACCAAUAAAAAAAAGAUGGUUGCCUAUAGUCAAGACUUUCCGUUUCCUUUCCAUUCCCAAGGUGGGUGGAUAGAAGUUUUGAAUUUCCACUAAAAUAUGGGAGAACAAUGUUUAUAUAAUUUUGUGUAAAUUUUGAAUGAUUUCAAUGGACUAAUACAUACACUCCCGGCCAUAGGUUUGGGUUCACUACUUAAAAAAAUUGACUAAGUGUUUUACACAUAUUUCUUUAGUCAUAUGUCCGAUUUGUGACAUUCACGACUCAUGACUCACUCGAAAGAUGAGUAGAUCUUGAGCUUGAGAUGUUUGAUAUACUUAUUGGAAAGCAUGUUGAAGUUUGAACCAAAGUUGCACUUUUUGUCCAAAAUUAACAUGACUUUUUAAACUUAAAUUCUUCGAAAAUAAGCCGAUAAAAUUGUAUAGCAAGUGUGGGAACAGGACCCGAAAUGUAUAAUCCUUCAAUAUCAUUUUGAAAAAUACGGCGAAAAAAUCUUGAUUAGUUUAUGUUUACUAAAAUAGUGAGGAACAUGUAUGACUCACUUCGGCCAAAAGUUUGGGUUCAUCUCUUGAAAUUAGAAAAUGAAUUUGUUCAUUACUCAUACAUAAGCACAAUAAGUUUAAAUUUAUUGCAUGGUAUGUGAUGCAACACUUGUAUCACAAUGAAUUUCUAAAAUUUGAUUAGAAGCUGAAUAAUAGUUUUUAUACAUAUUUGGAGGAAAAUGUCACUAUAUUGUGAAAUAUUUAAUAUAAUUGGCUAAACUAAUUUUACCUCUCAUUAGUAAGUUAAACUCAUUGGCUUCCAUAUGCUUCCCGUAGAGCUCAAAGCGUAUAAGAAACGGCUGAGAUAAAGUGGAAAUACUAUUUUUGGGGGGUGAACCCAAACUAAAGGCCGCAGCAAAUCACGGGCAUUAUUUGUUUAUCAGUUUUUCAGUAAUUAGAAAAAAUCCCCAAACAUUCUAAAAAUUGGUAUUGAAAGUGCAUAGAUUUAGGGUCGUCUUCCCACACUUGCUUUUAAAAUUUGUCGGCUCAUUUUCGGAGGAUUUAGGUUUUAAAAUCUAUGUUAAUUUUGAACAAAAAGUACAAGUUUGGUCCAAAUUUUACCAUGCUUUCCAAUAAGAAUGCUUUCUGUCAAAUAUCUCAAGUUCAAGAUCUACUCAUUAUCUUUUGAAUGAGCCGUGAAGAUCACGCAUCGGACAUUGAACUAAAGAAAAAUGUGUAAAAAAAAAGUUUGUUUUGUAAGUUGAACCCAAACGUAUGACCAGGACUGUACGCGUUUCAUAAUAAAGUAUAAAUUAUCUAUUUCAAAAAUGACAAUUUAAAAUUAAAAAAUAGGUUGGAAUGUUUUUGAAUAUAUCGAAAAACAAUACAAAAUGAUGUCCAAGUAAUGGCGGUUCUUGCAGGUUCAGUUUUAUUUUUGUCAGGUUGUUAAACAAUGUCACUCAAAUUCUUUUGACAAUAAUAGAUCAAAGUAUGUCAAAACUGCUGUUUCCACUAUUUUUUUUAUUUUAGGAAAAUAAUAAAACGGUUUAUUUCUUUUUUUUUCGAACCGAAAAAUUUGUACUUUAUUAUAGCGCGUUCCAUUUCAGUGUCAACACAGAAAGAAUAAAAAAAUACUUUUAUUCAAACAGGAUAUAAAGUCUGUGUGGAAGUUUAGGGUAGGAAACUUAUUUCAAGUAAUCCAAUGCAGAUAUAGGACGAUGGCCAGGCAGUAUAUGGUAUAGUUAUUUAUAUAAAGUUAUUAAUGCCAGCAUGAGUAAACGAAUAAAAAAAAUAAUUUUAAAACAAAAUGGCAGGUAAACUUUGAAUAUUGUAAAGUAAUAAAUACAAACCAAAUAAUUACAGAAGAGACGAUGCAAGUUAAUGUUUACAGUGGCGACAAAUACUGAAUAUAAUAUUAGUAUUUUUGUGUAUACUACAUUCAAUUACAGAAGUGCAAAACUUUUGUAUUUCCACUGCAGUAAAAACAGAUUACUUAUCAUAACGCCGUCAAAUUGUUGCAUCAAAAAGGAAGAUCCUUCAAGAUGCUGCAUUUACACUGAACAUCUUAAAUUUAUUUUGGACACUAAAAUUGCUAAAUGUUGCUGAAAAGUACAAUAUUCCUGCCAUUUUAUGAUACAUUAAUAGUAAGCGGAAAGGCACGACUAUUCACAGAAAAUGGUAGAAAAUCCAUUGAAAUGCCAAACACCUCAAUUGUAUUUAUUCUCGUAAUUUGUUUUUUUCUUAAUUCAAUAGAUUCAAUCUAGGGACACGAAAGGUAUUUCCGUCCAUCGUCGCAAGGGCUAAAACCAACGAAAGCAACGUACAUUUGCUAGAACUCCACUAUAGCAAAACGUUUCUCCUGAGCUUAUGAUAUGGUACGAAUGAGUGUCUUUUUGAUUGGUUGCGAGACUAUGACGAAAAGACGAAAAUAUCUGCCGUGUCCCUAUGUGAUGGUAAUGAACAGAGCCAGAUCGCUUCCGGGCAAAAUGAGAAAUUGUUUUAUUUUGCAAUCGAUAUCUGUAAAGUGGUGCAAUCAAAUUGAAUAGUACUCGUCUUAUGCAAAGUGAGUGAUAGGUUUUACGUAAAAGAAAGGAAAACAGUAUUACCACGUCAAAAUGAAUGUUUGUUUGGAUGCUAUUAUGCUACUUUUUGACAGGGCAAGUGAAUUGAACAAUUGAACAGAUGAAUUCAAUUGACUUGCCAAAAGUUGAACAUGUUCAACUUUCUUUCCAUUCAAGUUAAUUGAAUUAAGGUGUUUACACGUUCCACGUUCGAUUCAAGCGACUUGCUCAAUUCACUUGCCUUGUCUAAACGUAGCAUUAAGGUGCUCAUUUUGUCCAGUCCCAAGAUAGUCAAAAAGUACCAACAUUGCAUAAGUUAAAUACGCAUCCAAUGUUACAUUUAUUCUCAAAACUUGAAGUUAUUCGAACUGCUUUGAACAAUGUUUAACAAAUUUGGUGAUUUCAUUGUUUUUUCACGUUCGAAUCAGGCACCUUACCUUGUUUUAUCUAAACCUCAUCACUUAAACGUUAGUGCUUCAACCGUUUGUAACACAUUGUUGUUUCGGUGUGUUAAAACAAUGCACUAGGCAAACUGACAUAUUGUGAAGAAAUGUUUAUCUAAAUAUACACAUAGAGACGAUGUUCCACAUCGGAACUGUGCAUGAAAAAGGAAGCAAAUCAUAGAAAUCAUAGGCUUUCUAAGAGUCAGCAUAAUUCCAAAGGAUUACGUGAAAUACAUACACAAAGAAAACUGGUGUAAUUUCUAAAAUAGCAUAUAUAUAAAUAAAAUUAUUUUAAUUUA